AUGUCGCGCGUGGUAAAAGUGUUGAAGACGGUGCUUCUUCGUCGACGCUUGCCUGUUGGAGACUGCUUCGUGUGCGUCGUCAAGACAUUUGCUGACGUGGACGAAGAUGACGAUUUUUCCAAUCACGUGCUUCUGUCCCCAUUCCGUGCCGCCGGCAAGCGUGGGAAAGUGGUGAAAAAAAAGGACGGCAAACCACGGUUCUGUGUGGACUACCGACGGCUGAACGCCAUCACAAAGGACGAAAGCUCAAACCUACCCGUUAUCCACGAGACCUUAAGGGACCUGGGGACCGCAAAGAUCUUCUCAACCUUGGACCUAAAAUCGGGAUACUGGCAAGUACCACUGGAUGAUGCGUCCAAACCGUUAACCGCCUUCACGACACAUGACGGAGCCGCCUAUCAAUUCAGAGUGAUGCCCUUCGGCCUGAAGAUUGCGCCAGCAACAUUCCAAAAGCUGAUGACACAAGAAGUUCUGCCAGGAUAUCUACACAAAUUCGCAAUGGUCUACCUAGACGACAUCAUUGUGUACUCGCAGACCUGGGAAGAACAUCUUCACCACCUCCAUCUAGUGCUAGAGCGAUUUCAGCACCACAGGCUACGACUAUCGGUAAAGAAAUGCCGUUUUGGGGUACAAUCCAUUCAGUACCUUGGUCACACCAUUGAAGCAGACGGCAACAAACCGCUACGGGAGCACGUCGAGGCCAUCCGCACCGCCGAAGCGCCUAAAACAAGGAAUCAGCACAGUGCAAGUAUCAUAUGGGUCCUGAGACUGCAAGAAUUCUCCUUCGACGUGAUACAUUGCCCCGGCAAGGAAAACGAACUCCCCGACUACCUGUCGAGGAACCCCACAGACCGAGUCGUGGAAGAAAAUACCGAAGAAGACAUCAGUCGCCUCCUACCCCCGCCUUCCCCACCAGCAGACACAGGGCCACCAUUCCUCGCCAACAUCGAAGUGGCAGAACUUGUCGACCGCGUGAAGACAACGGGCCCGCGGACCCCGCCCAAAACCGUUUCUUCCGGAACUACACUUCCCACGACGGAUAUCUCUACCGCAAAUCCAACAGAACGGGACAUAUACUCCCACUACCACUGGCCGAAAAUGGGAGAAGACGUUAGGAACUACGUGCGGAACUGUUGGGUAUGCACCGUGGCAAAGCGAGGACCCAUUCAAGAAGCCACUGUCCGACCACGACAACCCAGUCGUCCGUGGGAGGUGAUUUCCGUCGACCUAAUGGGACCUUACACCACCUCACAUCGGGGAAAUCGGUUCAUACUGGUAGUGACGGACCUAUACAGCAUGUGGGUAGAAGCUUUCCCUCUCCGGCUAACAACCACCGACGCUGUAGUCAAUCGGCUGGAGAAUGAAGUAUUGGGACGAUACGGGUUCCCAAGGGCGAUAGUUUCCGACAAUGGCCCACAAUUCAUCUCCGUCACCUGGGAUGCCGCACUCCGACACUCGGGGUGCUACCAUUGGACGACACCUAUCUUCCAUCCCCAAGCCAACCCAGUGGAGAGGCGGAACCAGGAAAUUAAGAAAGGAUUACGCAUACACCUCGACGGGGAGGCUCUACAGAUGUGGGACAGGAAAGUCCCCAUCAUCCUCUUCACCCUCCGGACGAGAAAAAAUGCUGCCACGGGAACGACGCCGAGCAAUGCCCUGCUUGGAUAUGAACUCUCCAGGCCAGGAGAAUGGCAUGCGACUCAAGCCCCGGCAACUCCCAUCGGCCAAGGUGAAGAACGCGAGGAACCGAUCCGGACAGUCCACCGCAACCAGCACCGCUACCGAUCCAGGUACGCGAACUUCGGACCAACCAGAGUGCAGUUCCAAGCAGGGGACGAAGUAUGGAGAGAUCCCGAGACCUCGCAACGGGAGAAUUUCAGCGAAAAUGGAAAGGGCCAUAUAGAGUAA